GGGGGCUGGUUUGUUGUGGCGCAGUUAAAAGGUGGCGCGGCUUUUGAAAGAUUGAAGUGCCAGUAUGAGCAACUAAGGGUUACUUGUAUCUCAAUGUCUUAUUUAUUUAUAAAUAAGAGUUAUGCCAAAAGGCCUGCAAGCUGAUGAUGGGUGAAGAAUGUACACCAAGAGGCAUGACACAGGCUGGAAGGUCACAGAGCUCUGUUGACCUCUUCAUCACCAAACUAGGUCACCGUCUGCUGGAGAUCCGGGAGCGCGCUGCCGACUCGCUGCUGAGUGCUGUCUCGCUGGGCCUGCUGCCGUCCCAGCAGCUGGCUGAGCGGCUGCGCAGUCAGCUGCUGCUGCCUGGCUGGGAGGGUCGCCAGCAGGCGCUCCGGCUGCUCGACCAGAUCGCUACCAAGGGACCUGUCGAUGGCGAGCGGCUCAGUCCGGAGCGGCAGCACUCUCCGGUCCGGCGGGUGGGCGGGGAGCGCUCCCCACUGCGGAGGGUCGGCGGGGAGCACUCCCCGGGGAGUGCCGGACGGCAGCCCUCCCCAGUCAGGGACGGUCCGUGGCGGACGGCCUCCCCCGGCGGGGACCAGCCUGAACAGAUCGGAGAUGGGCCCGACCAAAAGUACGGUGGAGACUUCAUUCCGGUGCUGUUUACCCCGGAUGAUAAUGAUACGGCCGGAAUGGAGGACAGGAUGUCGGCAGCCAGCUCGGAGAGUGAUCAGGAGGAUCAGGAACAGGAUCAGGAGCCACCGGAUGAGGGGGACAUUAUUCACAGUCUGCCCUGGAAGAGUCUGAUCGCGUCCGACCUGCACGUGCUGACGUCCACGGCGGGCUCUCUGACGUCCGGGGACGGCCGCGCCGUGCGCCAGGCGCUGCACUUUCUGCACGACGUCACCCUGAGGGACUUCCCUGCCGAGGUGUUCCUCCAGCGGCCCGUGCUGCUGCAGGCGGUGUUCCACGUGCUGGUGUCCACCGACGAGUCGGAGACGGAUGUGCUGCUCUCCUGCCUCGAGUGUCUGACCGUGCUGACCGAGACGCUGCUGCACCGCUGUGACGUGAUCGCAGCGCCCGAGACCCGCCAGACGGCCACUCUGACUGCCGGCCCCACUGCCGAGGAGGCGGCCGGCGCUCUCUCGCUGCCGACGUUCUGCGGUCAGCUGCUCAGCCAGGCGCUCAGCUGUCUGUACGUGAGACACUGGGCGGUCCUGGUGGCCGCCGCCCGACUGGGGGCCGCCGUGUGCCGGCUGGGCCGCCGCGCGGUGCCUGCCCGCCUCUGGACCGCGCCUCAGGGAGAGGCCGAGCAGAGGGCGCAGCAGGCGCUCAUGAAGGCGCUCAAGGUGUUUGACGAGGUUCUCCGCUGGCACCACAAGUGUUACCGGUCGGGGGAGAGCGUCCACCUGCAUCGCGCCGGCUGGCUGCUGGCCGCCGCUCUCCUGGCAGACGCCUGGGCCUCCCUCCGACCCCCGCCCGGUCUCUGGGCCCGCCGACACCGGCUGCUGGCCGCCCCGCUGCACGUGCUGCUGGAUGAGCUGCUGUUCGCGCAGCAGCCGGCGCUGCACGCGCGCCUGCUGCGUCUGGUCACCGACUCCGGCUGCGCGCGGCUGUGGAGACGGCUGGAGCGGCUGCGGUCAGCCAUGGAGGCGGCGCGCCGACUGGUGGACGGCGGUGGACGGGCGGACGCGCUGGCUGCGGCGGCUGCCAUCGAGCUGCACGGGGGCCGGGAGCUGGUGGAAAAGGCGGUGGCGGCCGUGUGUGAGACUCCGGCGGCCGAGGGGACGCCGGCGGGCCGGCAGAAGGAGACUGAGGACGGUAAGGAGGAGGCUGAGGGUGAUGAGAGCGCCGGCGGCCGGCUGCUGUUGCGGCUCCUCAGCUCUCCUGUGCCGGUGGUGCGCUCGGCGGCGUACCGCGGGGCGGCGGCGGCGGCGCGCGCCGCGCUGAGGGACGCCGGCCGGCGGACUGUCCCGGCCCUCAUACAGCCGGCGGUACUGGAGCUGGCGCUGACGGACGGACUAUCGGACCGACAGAUCGAGUCGGACGCCACCGACCUGGUGCUCUACGCAGUCACCUCGGAGGCCUGGGUGCCGCGCCUCCGGCCGGUGCUGGUCACCGCACUGCCGCUGUUCCUCUGCCACGUGACCCGCCCACAGCUGACGCGACCCCUGAACCACGUCAUCGGCCUGUGUCGCGCUGAGCACCUCCGCAGUGAUCUGAUCCUGACAACCCACCGGAGCCGCGCUGUGAGAGAGGACGCCUGGAGUCGGAUCGUGUCGCGCCUGUCCGCACAGAACGCCACAGUCGAGCUGCUCCCCGACCUGAGUCAGCUGGGCGCGCUGGACCUGGCGGAGCUGACCCUGGUGGCCGAGCCGCCGCCGGUGGCCAGCCGCCGCGGCGAGGUGAACGACGUGCUCACGCUGACCGCUCUGCUGCCGCUGGCCUGGUGCGGCACGGCGGCGCUGGACGUGCGCCGCGCCACACUCUCCCAGGUGGCUGUCCUGCUACAGGACCCCGACCUGCACCGCGCCUUCCUCGACCACGACGGCCUGGCGCGCCUGCUCAGCAGCAUGACACGCGCCGUGCUGCGCGAGCCCGACCUGGCGCACGACAUCAGCCUGUUACCGGACUGCGUGUCGGCGCUGCGCCACCUGGCGCUGUUCUCCGCCGGCUGCCGGCACCACCUGGGGGACGAUCCGCAGCUGCUGCUGCUUCUGGUGCGGGUGCUGCUCAUGUUCCGGCUGGACGAGCGGGUGCGCGCGGCGGCCGCUCAGCUGCUGCUGGCCGCCAGUCUGGACUCGGCGCUGGUGUGCCGCCGCCGGCCCGGCCAGCAUAUCUGGGAGGUCCUGGUACCGCCGCCGAUGGACAGCGCUCUGCGGCUGCCGUUCGCGGUGACGGCCCGCCCCCGCCGGCCGCUGGGCCGAGCUCCCGGCGAGCUGCCGCCGUCGGCGCUGACCGAGCCGGUAACCGUGUGUGGGGAGCGGCUCAGUGUGACCGGUCUGCUCCGCACCGCCUGGAGCCUGGCCUGGCACGGUGAGCUGCGCGCCGCGCCGGCGGCUGCCGAGUACAGCCAGCAGCUGCAGCUGCCCGAGUGGCAGCUGGCGGCGGCCGAGGCCGGGCAGCUGCAGCGGGUGGCGGCCGACACCCUCCGACACCUGGAGGGCGUAUGCUCUCACACGGCGGCGCGGGUGCUGCUCUCACAGCUGGGCUGCUAUGUGACCCUGCACCGACAGACAGGCGAUACGGACAGUGACGGUAUAUUCUCGGCAUCUGCCGCGGACCGUUGGCUGUCUGUGCUCCGCCGUCACCUGCUGACCCCUCCCACCUCCGAGCCGGACCGGCGGGUGCUGACGGCCGCCCUGCAGCUGCUGUUAUUACUGCCGGCACACAGCCGCCUGCCAGACAGGGCGGUGACGCUGCUCUCUGAGCACAGUCAGGUGUUUACCGACUCUCUGGUCCGCGCUGCCGACCAUCCACAGCAGGGUCAGCGGCAGACCGCGCUCAGAGCGCUGCAGCUACUGGCGGAGCUCUGCUGCCGCUCGGUGCCCGGCGCCGCCGAUCUCCUCGACUCCCUGACCAGCCAGGCGGUGUCGGCGGCGGCCGGCGCCGGCUCGGAGCACUUCUACAGCCUGGUGUCAGUGCAGCGGUGCGCGGCGCUGCUCCAGACGGCGCUGCUCUCUCCCCACCCGCUGCCGGAGACCCUCCACCCGUCGGUGCGCCUGCUGCGGGACCUCUGCGCCGCCUUCCUGCCGGCCUCCGGUCCCGCCGACAGCUGUAUGGGCGCCGGGGUGCUGGCGGCCGCCGCUCUCUGUCUGCCCGCCGUCACAGACCGACUGUGUGAGUGGGGCGACGCGUGCGCGGCCGCCUGGAGCGCUGACGUGCCGGACGGCGGCCGGCUGCUGUGGCUGUCCGCGCUGUGGCACCACCAGGACACCCAGGUGCGCUGGGGCGGCCUGGCCGUCGCGCUGGGGCUCACUCGCUGGCCGGAGGGUGCCGCGCUGCUCACACACCAGACCAGACACCUGCCGGGCGGCUGCUGGGGCGCCUCGCUCGGCCUGCUGCUCGAUGAGGGAGAGGCGGCUGCGGUUCGCGAGCAGGCCGCUCUGCUGCUGGCCAGUCUGACGGCUCACCUCGACACCAACACUGACACGGAGACUGACACCGCAGACCAACUCUGCGGCCCCGAGGUGACCAACGCAGCCGCCGAGGUGUGCCUGACGGGUCCCGGCGCGCUGGUAACUCUGCUCGAGAACGCUGACUGGGCCGGCCAGCUGUCUCGGCUGGUGACUCAGCUACAGACGGGUACGGCCGCCGACUCCGAGCAGACUGUGACACCCGGCCUGGCGGCCGCGGCGCUGCGGCUCUCCCACAACGCGGCAGUGCUGUGUCCCGUGGACCUGGUGGGACCGCUCACCGAUACCGUCCACACCCUGCUCAGGUUCAGUGACGCUCUGGGCGUGGGAGGCGGCUGGCGAGGCUGGCCGCCCGCCGAGGUGGCGCCCUUCUGGACCGAGGCACUGCGGCUGUGCUCGGCUCUGGUGAUGCUGGAGCAGCCCGGUCGGCCGGGAGCCGCCCACCUGCUCCUCUGUGAUAGGAGGGCGCUGGAUGCGGCGGCUGGCACGGCAGUCACCACAGGAGACACGGAGCUGUGCGAGGGUCUGUUCUCUCUGCUGCUGUCCCUCCUCUCCUCGGACCGCGAGGAGGGUUUCUCUGCGAGCGCCGAGCUGCUGCUCAGCUGGCCGGAGCUGUGGCCGGCGCUGGCCGCCGCGCCCGCCCUCCUGGAGCCCCUGCUGGCCACGGAGGCGGCUCGGCUGCUGCGGCUGAGUUCCGGCGCGCCGCUGCUGGCCGGCCUGGAGUCGGCCGGCGAGCCGCUGUGCGCCGCCCUGCUGGCCGGGGGCGCCGCCAGCCGCCGGCCGCUGGCCGCCCUCCUGCUGGUCAGCGCGGCGGCCAAACGGGCGGCUCUACAGGCGCAGCUGCACCGCCGGCUGACCGGCCAGCUGCGGGAGAACAUCGCCGCCCUGGUCACCGGCUCACUCAGCGUGCGCGCCGCCAGGAGCAAGGUCAAGGAGCGCAGCCUGCUGUCGGACCUGGUCAGUGACCUGGACCUGCUGCGUAACCUGAUGAGCGGCUCGGCCGAGGUGAAGCAGGCGCUGGCUUCUGACGGGCUGCCGAACCUGCUGCACAAGCUGUGGCCCUGGUGUGUCACCUCGCGGCAGCUCACCGUCACCGUACUCUGCACGCUCAACACGCUGGCAGCCGGGUGCACCGAGGGGGCGCGCGGGCUGGCCUACACCAGCGCGGCGCUGCACCAGGCGCCGUCGGGCUCUCCGUCGGGAGCCUCGCUGGUGCAUGUGGUGCUAGACGACUGUCAGCGUCACCUGGAGCGGCGCAGCGCCGACAGUGGCGCCGUGCAGCGGCUGGCCGUCAGUUUCAGCCUGCUGGCGGCCGCCGCGCUCGUCCAGGAGGGACGAGCCAUCAUCUGCCGGAGCUCGUUUCUGUCCGGGUUUCGGUUCUGGCGCGGCGGCUCGAGCUCGGCGCCCGCCUCGGAACAGAAGCGGCGCCUGGCCGUCACCCGGCUCUGGAUGCUGCUCAUCAAGAACGUCACCUUCUUCGACGAGGGACAGAAGGUGGUGGCCAGGAUCCCGGAGGUGACCGGCUCGCUGGUGGCUCUGAUGUCUCAGGAGGACACCAGUCUCCGCUCGUCGGCCGUGCUCGUUCUGAGGAACCUCAGCUACAUCACUGCCAUGCAGACGGCUCUCAUCAACACCGACGGCUUUGUGGAGGGAGUGGCCGCCGCUCUGGGCUCCGGACAGCCCGCUGCCAGCUGCGCUGCCGCCGCACUCUGCUUACAGCUACUCACCAGCAGCCGAAAGGCCCGGGCAGUGCUGACAUCUACCGCACAUCUGGAGAAGCUCAAGUCGGCCGCGGACUCGCUGGAUGUCGCGGCGGACGAGAUGUCGUCAGAGGUGUUCAGCAGAGUGCGAGACAUGCUCCGUCAGGAGGGCCCGGGCCUGGCCGGCCAGGCGGGAGUGACGGCUGUAUGAUCUUACCUCGGUGGUAAGGGGAUUCGAGCGAUCGCCCUGGAUGGUCCCGGCUUGGCGUGUGUGACGGAGGGGGUAAAUUGAACCACAUGUGUCUGUUGAAAACUGCUGAGUAACGCUGAUGGACGCCUUUCGGCGGCUCUGCGGUACUUGCACCGUGACCUGGGGGUUUCCUGUAUGUGUAUAGUGAAAACCAGCGAGCAUUAUGAAGUGAGCAUUCGAACUGACGACUCUGAGCGAGAGGGGUUAUAGUAAAUAUCUGUGAUAUUGCAUCGUUCACCAAAUAUAUUUUCGCAAUAUCCGUGUGUAUACUGCAAUGCAUUCAAAAGAAAUGCUUGACUAUAGGAGCUCUAUUUUCGUUAUGGACUCAUUGCAAAACAAGUUUGUGCUGAAAAUCAUCACGUAUUUUAAUGUGCAGAUGCUGAAUACAUAUCCCUGUAGUGUA